UCUCACAACUUGUACAUAGCUCCAACAAACGCCGCACACCUUAGAAGUGCCAAUUCGAGUCUCUGGAGUAGAAUACUUUCUUGCCUGAAAGGAAGUACGCCGAGUUGGCCUUCUGACUCGAAAUGAGAAUACUAGUCAUCUCGCCCAAACCGCAGCAGUGCAGAUGACCUUCCCGCGUGAUGAGUGCGAAUCUCGGUAAUGGCGGGAUGCCUUCGGCCACGGAAACCCUAGGCACGGAAACCCUAGGCGAAACCUCGUCGUCCGAAGCAGACCCUAAGCUCUUGGAACCUGACUCAGAUCCAGGCACAACCGGUGAAGGUGACGCGGCGGAAACUCGACCUCUAAUCAUCUGCUUCCACGGCUCAGGCGAGUCGUGCUCGCCGUCGUGGGACGCACUGGCGCACACGCUAACUGCUGUACCUCACCGCCUACGCGUCCUGUUGUACGACCGCGGCAUCCUGAAUCCUCGGCCCCCGCAAGCUACCGCAGAGCUGAGGGAGUAUCUAAAAAGCGAGAGGUUGAAGGGGCCUUGCGUGCUUGUUGCACAUUCGUACGGCGGCGCGUUUGCGCGGACGUUCUUGGAGCUGGAGGCAGAGAAAGACAGUGGGGGCGACGGCAAUGUGGAAAUCGUGGGCAUGGUGCUUGUGGAAACAGGCCAAGAAGGCGGUCUCGAUCCCGAGGUAGAAGAAAGCCAAUACGCGCUCCGGGUCUUAGGCACGAGGCCCCUGAGCGUGGUACGUGGGAACUCGCUGCUGAGGCAGUGGGCGGAUCUAGAGGCUGCAGAGGCGAGCGUGUCCGCGAAAGACGGGAUGAAGAAGGAGGAUCUGAGACAGAGGCGGGAGAUGCUGAAGAUGUAUGACGCGGUGGACGAGCAGAUGAAGAAGAAGCAGCUAGACCUUGCCGCGGCGAACGCGAAGAAGAGGUACGUGCACGUACCGGAUUGCGGACACCAUGUCGUGAGAGAUCGGCCGGACGUGGUGGCCGGCGAGAUCGCGUGGGUGUUGGACAACGUGGGCAAGGUGGACAAGGCCGAUGGAGCGGUGGUAGGGAAAGAUAAACGGAAGGAUGGGAAUAAGGGUAAAGAGGGACGGAGAACGUGGGAGGCGGGAAUUAAGAGGAUAUGGAGGUUUUGUAGAGAUGUUACGGGGAAACUACUUAAUAAAUUGGGAAAAUGAGUUAUUGCUGUUGGCGGGAUACCAUUGAGUUACUAGAGUUAUAAGUAGUAUAAUAUGUAGUUUAUAUUAGAGGAUACCUAUACUUUUCGAUCUUUUAGAUAGGUAGUCAACGUUGAUAAUUUAUCCCUUCUUCGUAACUUGAAUAUUAGACAUUUUGAUUUAAGAAAUAUCUACUGUCGGCCGAUUUAAGAGUAGGUAUUCCCACACCACAAACUAAUUCCAUAAUGCGUAAUAUAGAAUAUAUAAAUAAACUACAUUGGCAAUUACUUAUAGUUGUUAAUUGAGUUGUCAGGUGGUAUUUGGG